AUGGAGGUGGACAGCGAGAAUGACUUGCUCAGCAAGACUGCUGCCGGAGAGCUCGUCGAGUCGUACGUGGCGCAUCGUCCUUAUCCCAUCCAGCAGAAUAGCGGCCUGAGUGGCAGCAGCUCUGAUCGUGCCAUUUUGCUAACCGUGCCUUUUGGCUUAUUGCAGAGAAGCGUGGCCGGCCUUGCGCGACGAGAUCCUCUCACGAUCGCACGCGACGAGUUUCCCAUACCCAAGCUUCCUCCUCCUCUGCCGCACCCCCGGCUCCUAGACACAAGAGUCCUCUCCCCGCUAUCGUCAUCGCCUGCUGAGCGGUCCUUUGAAGAUGCCAACAAGGAGAAUGAGAGUGCGCCUGCAGGCGAGCAACCGCCGUCCACGGACGAAACAGAACCCGUCGCUGCGUCUCAGCCGCCGCCACCACCGCCAGCACCAGCACCGUCCUCACCACAAUCCCCGUCGCGAAGCCAGGAGCAGUCCGAUGACGUCCUGCCGAAGCAGCUGGCAGACAUGGUCGGCGAGAUCAAGAGCCACAUCGGGAGCUUCAAGUCAUAUCCGCCGCACACAAUCCAGAGAAUCGCAGAGCUGAUUCUGUAUCCGCGCGCGCACUACAAGGCCUUGGCGUCGUAUCUGCAUGCCCUGGACAGAGUGUCGGCCGUGACGUCGGGCACGAAUACCUAUCCGCUGCCGCCGCCGAUUCCCGACAUGUCGGCGAUCCAGCUCAACGGCGAUGAGCCCAACGACCCGGCCAUGGCCGUCUCUUGGAGCAACCCUACGUCCGUGGCGGUUGGAUCUGAUGAAGCGCUAGGAGGAGCACUGCUGACUCCGAUUCCGUGGCUGACGAGGGGCACGCCGCCUCCGGAGACCGUAGUCGAGGCGCCGGUUAGUGCGCAGAUUCACAGCGAAAGCACCGAGACUAUUGAAGGCCCUAAUGGGGUGGGCAGCAUCGAGACUGUUUCUGUGAGCAUCAACGGCGUGCCAUCCAUGGGGGCUACCAGGGGCGUCACACAGGGCGAGCUGCUUAGGCAGGAGCAGAGAGCCGGUAUCGUUCCCGUCACUCAGCUCACCAAAUCCACUGACAUGAUGGGUGAGGGUGAGCAAUCCGAAGCUUCAGAAGACCAACCCAUGGGCGACGAUGACGAAGAGGCACCCCACGCGAGAGGCCCGGAUGAAAUAGGAGUUGGCGACACUGGCCUUCAGUCUGAGACUACUAGUCUCAUGGGAGAGGACGGUGUCGAGAUGGAGGGCAUCGAUCUCGAGGCUGCGGUGGGCCGCAAACAUGCGGAUGACAAAAGUGAAUCCUCUGCGACAGGGGAAGAGAAAGGCACAACGGAUGAGCCUGCUGCUUCUUCCGAGCGGGCAAAGAGCCCCAGCGCCGAGAGCGUAAGCUCCAAGCGCGAGGCGGAAGAUGAUUUGGAGGACGAUGUUGUGGCGAAGAAGGUUAAGGAGGACCCGAGCGGCGACGGGGAUACACAGAUGACAAAGUCAUCUGAGAAGGAGCCAGACUCUGCAGAACAGAAAGAUGAGGGCGAAAGCAAAGAGGAUGAAACCAAGGAUGAGUCUACGGACUGA